UACGACAUGAAAUUUUGAGAAGAGGAUGGGAAGGAAAUAUAAAAUUUUGGCUUUUAUUAGUUUUUCAGAUACUAAUAAGAAACUUUCAGUACAAUACAUUAAAUUCUGCUUAUACAGACAUUACUAAUCAACGGUCUUCGCUGUGGUAGUUGCCGAAGAGCGAUGAUAGGAAGCAAAUAGUGAUAAUCGCCUCAGUAUCUGUAAUCUAUAGGGUGUUUCAGUAACUUGAUAUGUACUCGAUGUUUAUUAUUAUUAAUAAACAUCAGCCAUUUGAAUUAUCAAAUGAUUAAUUUUUGAUAACGCAAUUAAUUCGCUAGAUUUAUCAAGGAAAUUGUGAUUGUUUACCAUGAAUACAUAUAGCACAAACGAAUAGAAUAGGAAUUGACAAUGGGAUUGUUGACGGAUCCUAGAGCAGGAUCUGGAAAAAUAAUAAAAUUUUUAUUGAAAUGGGAACGGCCACUCUGUUUCUUCUUAUAUAUCAGUGGCAUUGUUUGGAUAUUACUUCUUGCUCUACCCAUAUUCAACGAUAAUACCUACUUUUCCGAGAAUGCUUUAUUGCCAGGAUUAGUUACUAAAGAAAGUAACUUGGAACAAACAACGAAACAAUAUUAUACACACUUAAUCAAUGAAAUGAAACGAUAUCCUGAUGUGAUGCCAUAUGCAUGGUUGGCUGCUAAAUUAAAUCAACUUCAUUUAGAUGUUUUUACGCAUAAUUUCACAUUAAUAUACCCUUUUCAAGAACAACAGUUUAUAGGCCAGAAUAUAUAUGGGAUUAUAAGAGCUCCAAGAGCAGCUAGUACAGAAGCAAUUGUCGUUAGCGUUCCUUUUAGACCAAUUCACAGUAUUUAUUUAGAUACUGCACCUUCCAUUGCUCUUCUUCUUGCAUUUGCUAAAUUUUGUAGGAAACAGAAGUAUUGGGCAAAGGAUAUCAUAUUUUUAAUAACAGAACAUGAACAAUUAGGAAUACAAGCAUGGUUGGAUGCAUAUCAUGGAGUUACAAGUGGUAAUGGAGGUGUACUUAUAUCUGGAGAUCUUCCUGGUCGUGCUGGUUCCAUUCAAACUGCUAUUAAUUUGGAAUUACAUUCAAUGAAGAUUGCAUCUAUUGAUGUUAAAAUAGAAGGAUUAAAUGGUCGACUACCUAAUUUAGAUCUUUUUAACUUGGCACAAAAUAUGAUAGCUAAAGAAGGAAUUCGACAAUCAUUCCAAAGACGUUUCGAUGUUAAAUAUAAAAAUAAGUUUAAGAAUUGGUGGUAUCAUUUUAAUACGCUUUUAAUGAUGAUUACAAGUCAGGCUACUGGAAUUCCAACAGGAAAUCAUGGACUUUUCCACAGAUUUGGUAUUGAAGCAAUUACCUUAGAAGGUUUUGAGAAACCUGGUCAACAAAGUUCUGACGGAAAUUUUUAUCAAGUUGGUCGUAUUGUGGAAAGUAUAGUACGAUCGUUAAAUAAUUUAUUAGAACGUUUUCAUCAAUCUUAUUUUUUUUAUCUGCUUCCAUCAACAGAUACCUAUAUUUCUAUUGGACUUUACAUAAGAUCUUUAGCUUUAAUUAUUGGUGGAAUAUUUGUAAAAGCAUUUUCUAUGUGGCAAAGACUUCAAGUAUCUGCUUCUACAGAAGAUAAGAAAAACACUGUUGUUAAACAAUCAAAGGAUAAUGGAUUUGAUAUUGGCGUCAUUACAUCAGAAAUAUUGUGGGCUCAUAUUUGUGGCGUUGCGAUUGCAACAUCCCCAUUCGCACUUACUUAUGUUGGUAAAAAAAUGGAUUUUCGUACAGAGGAUUCAAUAUAUUUUGGUUUUGUGGCAAUAACUAUCUUAACAUUAAUAUGGCCAUUUUAUUCUAGAAGACAAAUUAAAUAUAAAAAUGCAGCUUUAAUUUGUGUGAUUGCAUUAGUGGAAUUAGGCACUGUAUUAAUGUGUAUAGCAAUGCAUAAUUUUUCCUUAGCACUUCUUGCUGCUGUAAUUUAUGUACCUUAUGUAUUUAUUCUACCAAUCAUGCCGAAACAAAAUUUCACCAAGUUUCACAGAAUGCUUUCUUUUGGGUGGGUUUCUCUACAUCCAUUUAUGAUUGCAAGUUUAAUCAUAAUGUGUUAUACAUACGUGAAUUUUUCUUCUGAUUCUUUGCCCUUGAUUUUGUUUCGGGGAUAUCGUGCUAUAAAGCAAGCAUUUGUUUUCAGUAUUAUGGAUUCAAUGAUCUAUGGAAAUUGGUUAUACAAUGUGACAAUUUCCACAAUGUUUCCUAUUUGGUUUUUAUUUUGGAAUAUUUUAUGUUCUAAUAUAUUGUAAAAUUCUGAUAUGUAUAAUUGAAU